AUGUCACAGAAUUGUGGGGGGCCUAGGCCGUAUCCAGUCGGGAUAUUCAAAAGGCAAAAAACAUCAGUUCACGGACAUAGAAAUGUGAAUAAAACCGACACAAACGAGAACAAUAACGUUGAUCGAACCAUCAACAGCCAACUUAGCAGAAAUACAACAAAACCAGGAUCAGAUAUUGUUAAAGGGCCCUUGGAUCCGAUUUUUGGACAACACAGGGCUUUUCCCAUAAGCAUUGAGACUGCAAAUGUGAACUUUAGUAAGAAUCCAAGCAGUGCAAUCGAAUAUUUAGCACAAGUGCGAUUGGAAGCUGCGAUGGCAACGAGAAUGGUUAUUGGAAAAGAGGCAGAUUAUGAAACUGAUACAGAAAAGCAUGGAAAUACCGACAUAGACAUGAAUAUUGAAAAAAUUACCACAAACGAUAAUACAGUGGACAGUCAACUUAAAAUUCUUGGAGUAUGCGAAGUUUUGGAUAGUUUCACAGAAGAAUAUAAGGUAAUGAGGAAGAAAUAUGCAGAAUAUAGGUCGCAGUUAACGGAACUUAAUGCCAUCGAGCUUCCUGAAACACAGAAAGAGUGGAAAUACUUUAUCUUCAACAAUGAACCAAAGUACGACUUUGUGGCCCAGAUUAUUGAAGAGGGUCAGCAUAUGAAGUUGAUGGUGUAUUUUACGAAGUGGUUGAACACAAAAAUGGAUCGCAACUUUGAGAAAUGGCUGAUAAUGGUGUUGGAAGCACUAGAUCAGUAUUUAAGUCCCUCUGACUUGUCUGUUGUGCGAGGUCUAGGGAAGAAGGCGAGGAAACAACUUCGAAAUAGCUUAGACGACCGAAAUAGGAAAAUCAUGUUCGAAGUUUUAACGGUAACAGGCAAGUUUUAUGGGCAGCGAGAUCUCUUGGAAGAUACAGAUGAGACACUGCUAAACCAAAAGCGAUAA